ACACGUUAUUAUAUUUCACUAAGAAAUGUGUUUACCAAAUAUUUUGAAUUAACAUAAAUAACAAUGGUUAGGAAAUUGAAGUUUCACGAAAAAAAGCUUCUCAAGAAAGUUGACUUUAUAUCUUGGGAAGUGGACAAUAACUUGCAUGAAGUUAAAAUUAUGCGUAAAUAUCAUAUUCAGAAACGAGAAGAUUAUUCAAAGUAUAAUAAACUUUCGUAUGGUGUGAGGGAAUUAGCUCGGAAAAUUAAAGACUUGGACCCUAAAGACUCAUUUCGUCAAGAAGCUACCUUUCAGUUACUGGAAAAAUUGUACACGAUGGGAUUGAUUUCCAUUAAAGAAAACCUUGGUAUAGCCGAUAAAGUCACAGCAUCAUCUUUUUGUAGAAGGCGGCUUCCUGUAUUAAUGGUUCGAAACCACAUGGCUGAAAACUUGAAAACUGCAACUCAAUUUAUAGAACAAGGCCAUGUUCGUGUUGGUCCUGAGGUGGUUACUGAUCCAGCAUUCUUAGUUAAUAGAACUCUUGAAGACUUUGUUACGUGGGUUGAUACAUCAGCCAUUAGAAAACAUGUACUUCAGUAUAAUGAAAUGAGAGAUGAUUUUGAUUUGCUGUGAAAACCUUUCCAAGAGGACCAAUGUGAACCAUAAGACAUGCAAGACUCAAGAUGGAUAUAUAUACAUAUGUAUAUUUAUAACACCAGAAAUGUUUUUAUUGAAAGUUGUACAGAAACAAUUAUUUGAUAAAUAAAUACAUCACUGUUUGUAACUAGAA